UGCCCCGCUCUCUUUAAAUGACCAUGCCUCUCCAAAACAGGCCCUGCUGGACAGCUGAUCGAUACACAGAGCCUUGAGACGCCGCAGACGAGAUGACAUUACGGUUUGAGGCCUCCUGUCCCGAUGGACUGUGUCCAGGAUGGAGCGUCAUCCUAAAAGGAGAGACCCCCUUAGAGGCCAGCAAGUUCGAGAUCAAUUUCCUCUGCGACCGAGACGACAAAAUAGCCUUCCAUUUCAACCCCCGCUUCACCGAGUCUGACAUCGUCUGCAACUCGUACAUGGGGAAACGCUGGGGGCAUGAGGAACGGUGCUCCAACUUUCCCUUCGGCACUGACGAACCCUUCCAGAUCGAAAUCUACUCAGACAACGACAACUUCCAUGUUUACAUCGACAACACGAAGAUCAUGCAGUAUAAGCACCGCGUCGAGGAUCUGAAGACCAUCACAAAAGUCCAGGUGGUGAAUGACGUCAGCAUCUCCUCUUUGGAGAUCACCAAGAAACAUUUUUACUAAAGCUGGGAAGCGAGCAAGUCCCCCAGCAAAGCCCUCUGGGAAAGAUAAUCUGAAGUAAGCUUUUGUUUGUUUACUGUGGAUUAUUGUUCUGUCUUGCAUUCUGUGUUGAUAAUUUUAGCGAUAAAUAAACAAUGAUGAUUAUCUUCUC